AUGCUGCCGCCUCAUCCCUAUGGCAGUGCAGCCGUCAAGGCUUCCCAGUUGGAGGGUGCCUUCACACAGCGGCGAAGUCUGAACCUUGUGGUGGUCUUCAGCAACCUGGCCUUGCCCUGGGCAGCCUUUGGUCUGGUCUUCUGGGCCUUGGCCUUCUGGCCCCACUUCGAACAUCCCAUCUGCGCCUGGUCCCUUCUCUUGUUCCACUUGGCCAUCGCGUUGGUCUCAGUGCUGGCUGCUUUUCGCUGGAGCUCAGAGCGUGCAGCUUAUUGGUACCGCUACUUUGCUGGCGCCAUCUUGGUUUCGGUCUUGGUUGCGAGCCUCCUGGGUUCCUUGACCUAUCAGUACACCAUGAAAGACGCCUACACCUUGACGCAGCAUUUGAAGAUGUACAAAGACGUGGAUGUGGGCCAGGCCAAGGGACAGCAGAUGAUGGAUGCCGGACUGGUGGCCUUCGAGACUUCGAGCGGCCUGGACCUUCGCAAGUCCCAAGGCUUCCGGGAUGGUGGGAAGACCUACUGCGUGGCACCCAUUACCAACGGCCAGGUGUGGACUGUUGCAGCAGCAUCCGCGCAGACUUCCGAUGUGGCCAGUACGACCAGCCGCGGGCGCACGCGGGCAUCCGGUGGUUGA